AUGCCUUUCCACCCAGUCACCGCGGCGUUAAUGUACCGGGGCAUUUAUACCAUCCCCAAUAUCCUUGCAACGGAGCAGCAUCCUGUUGACAUACCUGAGGAUGAACUGGAAGAGAUCCGUGAGGCAUUCAAAGUUUUUGACCGGGACGGCAACGGUUUCAUCUCCAAGCAGGAACUGGGCACAGCGAUGAGGUCCCUUGGCUACAUGCCCAAUGAGGUGGAACUGGAAGUCAUCAUCCAGAGACUAGACAUGGAUGGCGAUGGACAAGUGGACUUUGAGGAGUUUGUGACGUUGCUUGGCCCCAAACUUUCCACAUCUGGCAUCCCAGAAAAAUUCCACGGCACUGACUUUGACACUGUGUUUUGGAAGUGCGACAUGCAGAAGCUGACGGUUGACGAGCUGAAGCGGCUGCUGUACGACACUUUCUGCGAGCACCUCUCCAUGAAGGACAUCGAGAACAUCAUUAUGACGGAGGAGGAAAGCCACAUGGGGAAUGCAGAGGAGUGUCCAGUUGAUGUGGAGACCUGCUCAAACCAACAGAUCAGACAGACGUGUGUCCGUAAAAGUCUCAUCUGCGCCUUUGCCAUUGCGUUCAUCAUCAGUGUCAUGUUGAUUGCUGCCAACCAGGUGCUGCGAAGUGGGAUGAAGUAGCCACAGCUGGAUGGAUGGGUGGACGGACGGACGGAU